GUCACGAAGUCUCUGUGUGUUUCUGUGAAAAGUUCAAAAGUCAUAGAGUAGCAUCAAACAAAGCAAAUUGUUUUUAUGGCGAAUAGUAAGUACGAGUAUGUCAAGUCAUUCGAGUUGGAAGAUGAAGUUAUGCUUCCUAAUCUGAUCGUUGUUCGGAUCGAUGGUCGUGAUUUUUCUAGAUUUUCCCAAGUUCAUGAGUUUGAGAAGCCUAAUGAUGAAGCAGCACUCAAUCUUAUGAAUUCAUGUUCCUCUGCGGUUUUGGAAGAGUUUCCUGAUAUCAUCUUUGCCUAUGGAUACAGUGAUGAAUACAGCUUUGUGUUCAAGAAAACGUCAAGAUUUUACCUGAGACGAGCCAGUAAGAUUUUGUCGUUGGUAGCUUCGUUCUUUGCUGCAGUCUAUGUAACAAAAUGGAAAGAGUUCUUUCCCCAAAGAAAAUUAGAAUAUGCUCCCUCUUUCACCUCAAAAGUUGUAAGUUGCGCAUCAGUAGAGGUUCUUCAAGCUUAUCUCGCGUGGAGACAACAGGACUGCCACGCCAAUAAUCAGUAUGAAACUUGCUUUUGGAUGCUACUUAAAAGUGGAAAGACCAUAAGCGAAGCUCAAGAGGUUCUUAAGGGUACACAAAAGCAGCAGAAAAAUGAGCUUCUCUUUCAGAAGUUUGGUAUCAAUUACAAAACGCUUCCUGAAAUGUGUCGCCAAGGAUCAUGUCUUUUCAAGACAAAGGUGGAAGAAACUGUAAAGCAUGAUGAAAAUGGCAAUCCUAUAAAAAGACUGAGAAGAAAGGCUGUUUUUGUACAUUCAGAGAAUAUUGCUGCAAGAAGCUUUUGGAAUGAGCACGCCUCUCUAUAUAAUGAUCUUGGUCACUUCACGAAAGAUAUUGGCAGAGUUGAACCAGAUUUUGUUAGAUCGUUUCAGUUUGAGAACAAAUUGUUACCUUUAACUUGGGUCGUUGUUAGGAUUGACGGCUGUCAUUUUCAUAGGUUUUCUGACGUUCAUGAAUUUGAGAAGCCAAAUGAUGAGCAGGCUUUGAAACUUAUGAAUUCAUGUGCAGUUGCUGUUCUCGAGGAAUUUGAGGAUAUUCACUUUGCCUAUGGUGUGAGUGAUGAGUACAGCUUUGUUUUGAAGAGAGAAUCUGAGCUCUACAAAAGACAAUCCAGUAAGAUAAUAUCUGCGAUCGCAUCCUUGUUUACAUCCACAUAUGUGCUAAAAUGGGGAGACUUCUUCCCUCAAAAAGAAUUGAAGUACCCUCCAUCGUUUGAUGGACGAGCAGUAUGCUAUCCAACAUACAAGAUUCUUUUGGAUUACCUGGCUUGGAGACAAGUUGACUGCCAUAUCAAUAAUCAGUAUAAUACAUGUUUCUGGAUGCUUGUUAAGUCUGGAAAAACCAAAACUCAAUCCCAAGAUUACUUAAAGGGAACUCAAACACGAGAAAAGAACGAGCUGCUUAGCCGUCAAUUUGGAAUUGAGUACAGUACAUUACCUCUAAUCUUUCGAAUGGGUUCCUCGGUCUACCGCUCAAAGGAAGCUGUUUCAGUCGAGAAUGGAGUCGAUUCAGGGAAGAAACUGAAACGGGGAGAAGUGGUGGUAGAUCACUGCAACAUCAUUGAACGCGGUUUCUGGGAAGAAAAUCCACACAUCCUUAGCUAUUCAUAAAAUAGCUGCUUCUUUAAUCAAGCUUAGGAGACAUGGAAACACUUUUUUAUCUACUUGUUUGUUUUCUUGUCUGACAGAAAGACCGAUGAAAAGAGAAACAGAAAGAGAAAACACACAUUAACAUAAAUUCUCCCAAAGUGUUGUUAUACGUAUAGAACCAAAUAUAAACAAAGUAGUUACAUCAGAUUUCAAAGACUAAAAAAAGAAACAAAAGUAAAUGAGAAGUUUUAGCGGCCAAGUGACAAUGCUAAUACAGGAACCAAACUUGGUCUCGC